GAAGUCAGCAAGGUCAGGAUAUGACGUUUAAUAAAGGGCAAGGCAGAAGCGGAACCUUGGAUUACAUUUGUCAAAAUAUUUGUAUUCAUUGCUGAUUAAACUUGCUAUACUCUUAGUGUUUUGUAAAUUGACUACUCGUAAAUGUUAUCGGCCCUCUGCGUUGUGUUCUUACAAGCUGGCAUUCAUGAACGAGCAACACGAAGCCACUCCUCUGUUACUGUAAACAUAUGUCACAUGACUGCAGGCGGAAGCAGACUCAAAGUAAUAUUAGUAACGUUACAAGAUGGCUACGCCGUCGGGAGGAGGCGAUUCAGGUAAUGGAACUGAUCAGGUACUAGAACUGGGAAAAAGAUUACUGACAGAUUUCAUCUACGAGCGGGUUCGUCGCCAUGCUGACAGCAGUACUCAGUUGUCAGUGUUACAGACCCAGUUGGGCGGGAGUGAGCUGUGUGACCCCAACCACAAGAAACUGGCCCAGUGCCUGCAGCAGAUUGGAGAUGAGCUGGAUGGCAAUACACAACUCCAAAGUAUGAUAAAUGAUACUGCUCUCCAGCCCAGCCAGGAGGUUUUUAUGAGAGUGGCCUGUGAGAUCUUCUCUGAUGGGAAGUUCAACUGGGGCAGGGUGGUGGCACUCUUCUACUUUGCCUGUCGGCUGGUCAUCAAGGCUCUGUUGACCAAGGUCCCCGACAUCAUCAGAACCAUUAUCAGCUGGGCCACAGACUACCUGCGAGAUCAUGUGAUCAACUGGAUUAGGGAGCAGGGUGGCUGGGAGGGAAUCCGUUCCUACUUUGGCACUCCCACCUGGCAGACCGUGGGGGUGUUCCUCGCUGGAGUUCUUACCACUGUGCUGGUCAUCCGCAGGAUGUGAGGGGGAGGAGAGCCUGAGAGAAGAAAGGACAAAGAGGGAGGGACAUAAGACUGGGAGGAGAACUAGGUAGUAGAGACAGAUCUGAUGUGGGGGUAAAUGGGAAGUGUUUCUGGGGAAGGAAAAGGUGAGGAAAAAUAGAGUUGGGAAUGGAAAAACAGCUACGUUUGGACCUGAUCAACCACUCCUCUUUCCUGCCCUCCAUCCAUGGCAAAGGAUCAAGUCAGAUUCAAAGUUCUUCUUACCUCUGUUCCCUACACCGCUGAAAAUGUGAGCGGCUCUUGACCGCACAUACAGGAGAGAAAGAUGGAAAGAGAUGUAUAGAGACUCGGCCAGGGCACAUCUUUGAAUUAAUUUAUUUCUUACAAACAAACAAGUCGCUGCAUGACAUUUUGUUGCUUAAGUCUUAUGACAUGAACUGAUGACAUUAAAUCACCCCCCCUCAGGUUAGCCAUGAGAAUCUCCUAUGCUUUCCUGCUGUGCUUUAUUUCUGUUGCACUUCUGCCGUUGAGUCUCUCCUUUUUCCGAUCUGAUCAUUCUCUCCAGCCGUCUUCAUUGUAUCUCUUUGCUAGAGUAUGCAUUUUGGGGUGUGUGUCUGUGAGCAUCUAUGUGUGAUCAUAGAAUCAACAGAUGUUCCAGGUACGCGUGUGUGUGUGCGCGCAAUUCUACUGCACACACACAGCACUGUCCUCCUCUCACAGAUGUUUACCUCUCUCUCUCAGCAUAGUGUUCAAAGUACUGUAUUCUAUGGUGGGCUAUUUAAAAGUAGACUAUACCAUAAUCCUUCACAAUCAAAUGCUCUUUUUAUACACCUUGUUAAUGUGUUAACAAAUAAGGGAACUUUUUCUUAUUUCUUUUAAGUUGUCAGUGCCUUCGUCCUUUUUUUAAUUUCUACAAUAAAUUGCUUUGAUAUUGUUCAAAUUUUUCACUUUUUCUAUAAAUCUUUUGUAAAACUCUUGUCCCCUGAAACUAUCUUUUUGCAGUGACAGUUUGUUUUAGUAAUAUGAACCUAAAAUAAAAACAUUUUAUGGAUUGUGA